GAGUGUGACCCCGGCCACGUCAUCAACCUCAUCCGCGCCAACUACGGCCGCUUCAGCAUCACCAUCUGUAACGACCACGGCAACACGGAGUGGUCUGUUAACUGUAUGAGUCCUCGCUCCCACCGCGUCCUCCACGACAAGUGCAGCCAACGACAGAACUGCAGUGUGGCGGCGUCGACGAGAGGUUUCGGUGACCCUUGCCCUGGCACCCUCAAAUACCUGGAGGCCCACUUCCAGUGUGUCCCAGUGAACCCGCCGUCGCACACAGCCCGGCCACGCCCUCCCUGGUUCAUCGCCACCAAGACCACCGUCAGCUCCAUCACCGAGGACGACCCCCCCAUCCCCUCGCCUCCAAUUAAGGGCAGCCCCGUUGGAGGCAGUGGGGGUGGCGGCGGUGGUAUCGGAGGCCCCGCUUCUGGCAACGAUGGAGAUGGUGGGGGAGGAGAUGGCGAGAAUGUUGGAGGAGGAGGAGUACUACUAGGAGGAGGAGGAGGAGGAAGAAAGGGAGGGGGAGCAGCAGCAGGAACAGCAGGAGGAGGAGGGGAAGGAGUCAGUGGCAGCGGGGAUACCGGCAGCCUUAAUUUGGAGAACCGCCUGAAGGGGACUCCUGUCGAGGACCUGCCGCAGACGACGACCUCCACGACGACAACGACGACGCUGCGGCCGCCGCCCUGGCUCAUCACCAACACGACCAAGAAUACCACCACCACGACCACUACUUCGACUACUACCUCCACUACUACCACCACCACGCCUAUACCCGCCUCCUCCACGACCACCACGACCUCAGGACCUCAGACGAACCUAGACAGUCCUGUUGUGUCGUCGGCAGCAGAGGCGGGCGGAGGAAGUAAGACUCGAGGAGACCAGGACGACAGUGACGCCACGGGCGACAAGUCGCCCACCCAGCAGGAGGAAGACGAUGAGGUGCAGGGCGAGCAAGUCGUCACCUCCACUAUCUCAACCACAACUGUGUGGUCGGCGCGGGCGGAGGUGCCCACCACGGGUGUUGGUCCCAUCGGCAGCGAGGCGUCGUGGUGUCCUCCCUCGUCAGGCCGCGGUCUUUUCUGGAACUGGACGCAGGGUGGGGACCUAGCGGUGCAGCCGUGCCCUGGGGGAGCCUCAGGGUGGGCGCGGCGCCCCUGUAACCCCUUAGGGUGGUCAGGACCUGCCGACCUGAGUGAGUGUCGCAGCGUGUGGCUCACCACCCUCACAUCUCGCGCUCACGCUAACGACGCGGUGCUGGCCGUAGCCCACGACCUGGCGGCGGUGACGGGCUCCCGAGCUCUGUACGGCGGCGACGUCACCGCUACAGCCAGACUACUCAACAGUCUCGCCCGCAGGAUGGCAGACGAUGUCAACAACUUCCCUGACGGUGACCAGCGGGAGGCUCUGGUGACGGAGCUCGUAGGCGCCGCCGUAGCCACUGGUUCACAUCUAGUGGGCGGCCAGCGAGCGGCGUGGGCGGACUUGAGGCCUCCCGAACACAGGGCGGCCGCCACCGCCCUCCUGCUGGGACUAGAAGAGGCAGCUUUCCUGUUAGCUAACAACUUACACUACGAGAAGACUGUCAAAUUUGCCGAGUCUAAUAUAUUACUACGCCUUCAGGUGGUGGAAACGAGGAACGUGGCGGCCGUGUCCUUCCCCUCAUCUGGCGAGACGUGGCUAACGACGACGCCUACACGCCCUAGCGACCCGGCCUCCACGCCCACCGGCAACCCCUCCUACUCCUCCAGCAGCUCCUCCGGGGACCUGGACGCCACGCCCUCCUUCAUCGGCGGGGACGUGUCUCAGGAUUUAGGGGCCGAGUCGUCCAAGGUGCCCCUCGACACCAUCAUCCUGCCCCCGGAGGCUCUGCUGGAGAACUCUGAGAACGGGCUGGUGAAGAUGGUGUUCUUCAGCUACGAUGGCCUCCACCACCUGCUGCAGCCUGACGGUCGCUCAUACAGGGUCAACGAGGCCAACUUCAAGGGCGUGAACGAGACGCGGGUACUCAACUCGAAGGUGCUGUCGGCGUCGCUGGGGGCAGGACGACACAUUGAGUUGUCUGAACCUGUGGUCCUCACCUUCGCUAUGAUCCGCACCGUCAACGUCACCAACCCCGCCUGCGUCUUCUGGGACUACACCACCAGCUCGUGGUCGGAGGAAGGUUGCCGUGUGCUGCGGUACAACACCACCCACACGGUGUGUGAGUGUGACCACCUCACUAACUUCGCCGUACUCAUGGACGUGCACGCCACGCCCCUGGCCUACCCUCACCAGCUCGCCCUCUCCAUCAUCACCUACGUCGGCUGCGUCAUCUCCAUCGUGUGUCUUCUUCUCGCUACUAUUGUCUUUCACGCCUUCAGGGGCCUCAAGAGUGACCGAACGACCAUCCACAAGAACCUAUGUGUGUGUUUGUUGAUCGCUGAGACCGUGUUCCUGGCGGGGGUGAACCAGACGGACAAGCCGGUGGUGUGUGGGGUGGUGGCCGGCCUCCUCCACUUCUUCUUCCUCGCUGCCUUUGCCUGGAUGUUCAUGGAAGGGUUCCAGCUGUACGUGAUGCUGGUUGAGGUGUUUGAGGCAGAGAAGCCCCGGGCCCGCUGGUACUACGCUGCCGCCUACGGGUUCCCGGCGGUGGUGGUAGCUGUCAGCGCCGUCGUCGACCCCUUCAGCUACGGCACCAACGACGCCUGUUGGCUCCGCACCGACAACUACUUCAUCUUCGCCUUCGUAGGGCCUGUCAUCGCCGUCAUUAUCGCCAACUCUGUGUUCCUGAGUAUGUCGCUGUUCAUCAUGUGCCGCCACACCAACUUCACUGCCUCCCUCAAGAACAAGGAACACACUAAGCUGGCCUCCGUCAGUGGUGGAGAGGAGAGUGCACUCUUCGCCAAAAUCCAGAAUCAUGUGACCUGGGUGAGAGGAGCCAUAGUGUUGAUGUUCCUGCUGGGGUUAACGUGGACCUUCGGGCUGCUCUACCUGAACCAAGCCACCGUCGUCAUGGCUUACAUCUUCACCGUCCUCAACUCACUGCAGGGACUCUUCAUCUUCAUAUUUCAUUGUGUCCAGAACGAUAAGGUGAAGAAGGAGUUACGUAGGGCUGGGCGGCGACACCCCUGGCUGCGGGCGUGCCUGUGUGCCGCCAACGACCGCUCACAGACCAGCAAGGACACCCGCACCUCCCACAAUGCCGGCUCCCACUCACAGCCCAACUCGCACGCCUCUCAUACACUGGUGCCGCGGCUGACGUCAGGUCGGUGGACGCGGGGGAGCAGCAAGGGCAGCACCACGACCUCCUCGUCACAAGCGGGGGGUCUGCCCCAGGCACCCAUAACAACGGGUCCCCUCAGGGGGGGUUCCCUCUCGAGGGCAUCCCUCUCCAGGGCAUCCUUGUCCCGGGGGUCGCUCUCCCGCACCCCUCAGAGGAACAGCAGCGGCCGCUCAGCUCGCCAUCACCACACUCUUCAUGCCCGCACCGCAGCGCACGACCACGAAGAUGAGUAUUCGUUCAAGUCUUGUGGUCGUGAUAGUGGGCACGGAGGGUCGGAACAAGAGGACUCGCCCCGGAGUGGCCCUGCUGCCAAGCUGGCCUCCUUGCGCCUCAACAACAACAUAGCACCUCAUCUGCCCCCGGACCAUCUUGUUAACCCAUUUACCACUGCCAACGCUGCCGCCGCUGCUGCUGCUGCAGGUGGUGGUGGUGGUAGUGGCGGUGGUAGCCAUGACCAGCCACCGCCUGGACCAGAGGCUUUGCUCCCUGAUUACCGCCUAGCAGGGGACACACCCACACUGCGACUCCCAGCCUCUACCAGCACAGCCCGUGGCCACCGCACCCACUCCCCCUGGAACCACACAUACACUGAGAUCCCAGAAGGUGCAGCCACCGCUCGCCAGGGCCCGAUGGACGGGGGUGCUGACCCUGUCUAUGAGGAAAUAGAGCGAGAGGGUCGCUCAGAACUACAAGUGAGUGACUUGAGUGACGAGGACGGCCGACGUCACAGUUCUGACAUCUCUCGCCAGUCAUCACGGAGCUAUGGUGACCACCGCCCACUGCUACCAUACACCCUGCCUGACCGUCACUCAGCCUCCCACCACCAUCAGCCACAGUAUGACCCACGACUCAAAGCUCGCCUCCGUCACCAAGAAGGUAUGGAUGACUCCCAAACUCAUACUCUUCCUGGUGGCAGGCUGGGUGUUGGAGUUCCACUCGACCACACCAUGGUUAGCCCCGGCCACAUCCUCCCUAUGACCCAUGCUGCCGUCACCUCAGCCCAUGCCCUCCCUCCCGGCAAUGGUCACAUCGCCACUCAGCAGUACAUGGACAGUGGGCCUCACUUGGCCAACAGUGGUCAGCACUUGGUAGACAGUGGGAGGCAGUUUGUUGAUGCUAUGCCACAGUACAGCCAGGCAGUGUUAGCAGCCUUGGGCCACCCUCUGCCUGUGGUACACCCCCUCAGUGAGCCCAAUUUACGGAACUGGGAGGCUGCUCAAAGGCAUCGAGACCUGCAGCAGCUUCAACAACUAGGAGAAAUGACUGUAGCAGUGCUGAGUGGUGAGCAAGUGGUAUGUAAGCUGAAGCCCCCCCUGGCUCCCAUCCAUGAGAACACUGGAACAGCUCAGGUGGAGAGGCACCCGCCGCCUCCUGCCUACAGCCACUGCUAGGGCCUCUGUACAGUCAUAGUUGUGUACAUACGUGUAUAGUGCUUUAAAACCCAUUAAAGGCCUUUACGCUUUAUGAAUGUAGGUGUGUGCAAGUGACAAAACUACUCAUGAUAAUCAUUAUGAUAGAUAAUUUGCAUUUAGGUAUUGAUAAUCAGGUGGAACUGAGUGUUGCAAACCCUAAGAGAUGAUUGCAACCCUCUGCCUCAGCCUCUUCCCGUGCUCCUUCGUGUGAAUUGAGUGACGAGAGUAACAAAGCCCAUCAUCCUAGUCAGGUCUUCAGCAGGAGGAGUUCAAAAACUCCUAAGCACCGGCAGGUAAAAUAAAAUGUAGGUUUUAUUAUGUCCUCUGUCCAGGAGAGUGUUAAGACUUCUUUUAUUGAAAACUUUGACUCGGAGGUCUUCAGGAACUGCCAAAAUGGAUGCAAACAAGCACAGUGAAAGAUGUUUUGCACAUGAUUUUAGCAAGCAUCUCGUGGCUGCUUCCUCCUGCUGGUGAGACCACACUACCAGGAACACUGCGGACAUAAACUAUUUUAUAAGUGACUGGCAGUGAUUCUAUUGCGUGGACGUAUUUAUUGCACAAUUUUGAAAAUAAUGUAGAUAGGCACAGUAAGGACGCUAAAAUAACAGUAAAGAAGUUGAAAAAAGUUUCUCUUAGUGACGAUUGGAACAAGUCUAUGAAGUAUUCCUUCAAGCAAUACAGUAUAACAGUGAUGCGGCUGAGCACAUUUAGACUUUGUUUGCUGACGUCUGCUUUGUUACAGAAAGUUGUUCAUGGAAUAAAUCAUCCAAGUUCAGGUAUUAGGAAGCAGCCAUUGUCCAUCUGGGUUUUAUUCAGUUUAUAUUUGUAAGUUAAACUCUCGUAGUGUUUGUCUUAAACUGAAAUUAAAAGCUAAUAUCAAAAAUUUUACAUGACUGAAUAUUGAUUUUUUAAUUUAAUGCUAAAAUCUGUAUGAAUGUGAAUAAAAUUUGACUUCACUUUGUUAUUGGAUGUAGAUAUUUAAGCCAGAGACAUUAUACGUACUUUAGUUCCCAGUAUCAGAGCUUGGCAUGAUUUAAGCCGUUUGACUGUUCUUACACGUUCGUUGUUUGUUGCUUGGCCCAUCAUCAUUCCAUAGGAUAUGUCCUCUCAGCAGAUCCUAAUAAUGAUUAUGUAAUAUGCUUCCUCUCAGUUGUGCAUUAUUCUUUCAUAGGUGUUUCUAUUUCAUUCUAACAAAAAUACCAGGAAAAAAUAUAAUCCUUCAUGCAUUAGAUGUCACACAAACUCUAGGUGUCAGUUUUGACAGUCUUAUGUUUUUCAUAUUUUUUAAUGCGACAUAUCUGCUUACAGACUUGUAGCAAUAAUGUUUUUAACUAUCACCCCCACAGCUGAUUCGUCUAGCACAGACACCACCACCUACAGACACCAACACAUGCAGUGAGGUCCUUGCUCUCGGUUCUGUUAUGAACAAUAUUUUGUUAUAGUUUUUCAGCCAUUCAUGUUCCUUUAGCCUAUGUUGAAGGUCUCCAGGGAUAGCCACAAAAUAAUUUAGAAGUUAAUGAGAAUUCUCUGUAACGCAUAAGAAAAAAAGAAAUCAUUUAACAUUCUGCCGAUUAGAUAGAACAUGGUAUACGAUUUUUAAAAAUUUAUAUUUGACAAUUACCAUGUUGUCCCUAAUCAAGUUUGAGAGAUAAUUUUUCCCAUGUAGACAUAGUGGAGCCGGAGCCCAGACGACGGCCCCGUCCGACAUCCAACUCACAGUAAAGCUAAACUUCGACUAGCUUACAUAUUUCUGUGCCUCUCUCUCAUGUGUAGUCAUUGUAUAGAAUCAGCUCUGUUUUGUAAUAUUUUGUAUGUAAACUGUGAUACAUGUAUUAAAUGAACAAGAAUCUAUCGCCAAAUUGAUAUCAAAUAAAUUAUUGUGAAAG